AAAACUUAAUUACAUAGAUAAUAACACUACUAAAUAUAUUAAAUGUUUUGGCAAUAGAAUCCCGAAAAUAAGCUUUAGAGUAAAAACACACAAAAAUCCUAUUACUUAUCGUCCCUUAAUAGAUAUUCGAAAAUAUUUACUAUACAACCUUGAAAUAGCGAUAAAAAAAGAGUUAAAUAAAUUACCCGUCUCUGAGUAUAGCAUCACAAACACUGACCAAUUCUUACACAACUUGAAAGCUAUUGUUAUGAAAGAAAACUACAGAAUGGCAUCACUAGAUGUUAACAAUAUGUAUCCCUCAAUAAACUUAGAAUUAAUUUUAACUUCACUGUCCUAUGUGAAGAGCCCAGAUUGGAUUAACCAAUUAGUUAAAUUAGUAUUAAAUAAUAACUUUUUUGAAUUUCAAGGUAAAUAUUACCGCCAAUCGGAAGGUAUUCCAAUGGGAUCCUGCAUAGGACCUAGAUUGGCUGAGUUGUGUAUGAUCACAAUCGAUAAAGAAAUCAACAAAACCCAGGGCAUAAUAAGUUACCAAAGAUAUGUAGAUGACUGUUUCAUCAUCUAUGAUAAAAGCAUACUAGAUAUUGACUCUUUUGUUUGUGGGAUUAAUUUAAUAAAUAAAAAUGUCCAAUUUCAAUGUGAAAAAGAAGUAGAUAAUAGACUGAAUUACUUAGAUCUUACUGUUGUUAGAUUAAAUGGCAAAUUAUUAUUUAAAAAAUAUGUUAAAGACUGUGCUACCGAUAAAGUUAUUGACUUCAAAUCUAAUAUACCUUUAUAUAUAAAAAAGAACACUUUUCAAAUGUAUAUCAACAAAAUUAAAGAAAGAACGACCUUGCACACUGAUCAAGAAAUGGAAAUACAAAAUAUAAUAAGAAUGUUUAAUCUAAAUAAUUACCCUAGAACAUUAUUGAUUAAGUGGUUGGAAGCAAGUAAAGGCAAAAGGAAAAAUAUAUCGUUAAAUAGACAACCAAUAGAUGUUAAGACUGUGUACCUAAAAAUAGAAUAUGUUUUUGGUGUUUUUGAAAAAUUAAAAAAUGAAUUAAAAAGAUUAGAUAUUAUUUUAGUACCAAACCACAAAAGCACCAUAGCAAAUUUGCUAAACAGUAAACAUGGUAACAUUGAACAUAAUGUUUUAGAAAAAGAUAAUGUAGUUUACUCAUUAGAUUGCAGUUGUUCACAUAAAAAAAGAUAUGUAGGGGAAACUGGUAGAAAAUUAAAGACAAGAAUUAAAGAACAUAUAUAUGCCAUCAAAAAUAAUUUAAUAUCAUCAUCAGUGGCACAACAUUGCAACACUGAAGGUUGUGAAAUUUUAAAAGAUAGCAUCAAGUGUAUUAUGACAGAAAACAAUCAACUUAAAAGAAGACUACAGGAACACCUAGAAAUUCUGAAGAUACAGGAAGACAUCAGAAUUAAUAACAACAUGGGACUGAAGCUACAUGAGGGGUGGAUUGACAUUGUUUUCACUUAACCUUGAAACAGAUGCUGAACAGAUGUGGGGAGUUUAGGCACAUCACCUUGUAAAAUGCAGAUGGACAGUGCAGUUGACUUCACAAAGGCUUAUAGAUUAGUUGUAUUUUGUUUUGUGUUAAAAUUUGGAGACCAAUUGGUUUAAUAAGAGUAAGUUCAUUGUUGGAUUCCU